ACUUUGACUAAUCAUCUUCGAUGGCAGUUUUGGUGACAACUUGUUGCUGUGACUCCAGCCUCCGUGGAGGUGUUAUGAUUCUCGGAAUCUUUGGCCUGAUUGCAUCAUCUUAUUCAAUUUAUUACCACAAUCAGUUAAUCAAAGUUUACAAGCAUGUAGAGGAGAAACCUGACAAAAUCAGCCAAGAUUUACCUUUCAGCGAAAAACAUUUACCGGCGAUGGUCAGUUUGAUUUACGUUUCUCUUGCAUUCGGAGUCAUGUCACUGUUGGUGAACCUGUUGCUUUUGGGAUCCAGCUCAGGUGACAGGUGUUUGGCAUUUCCUUGGCUUGGGUGGAACAUCUGCGAGCUCUUUUGCAGUUUUGUAGUGAUCAUAUUUUACAUUUCCAUCUGGAAUAGGUAUGACAUCUUCCUAGUUAUUUACGGCAUUGCAUGGUUGUUGUGGAUCUACUUCAUUAUAGUGGUGUAUUCGUACAUCGAAGCCCUUCGUGAAGAUCCUUCGGGAACGAGUGCAGGAUUUUCUCCCCCUCUGACAGGCGGUAACCAAACCCAGAUGGAUGAGUAG